GCGAGGGGAGUUCGAGUUCGGGCGCAGCGAUUAUAAAGUAUGGUGUCAACGAGAGGAUCCAUAUCCAGUCUCAGCUCCAGUGGACCGAGGAUGCUAGAGGACUAGUCUGUUGGGCUAUCUAUGAGUGCAGAGCUGACCAUGGGCGACGCCAGGACGAGCAUGGAGGAGUCCGAUGUGCGAUCGUACUCUGUGAUACUUUUGGGAGUCGUAGCUCUGGCAUGGUACUGCAAAUACAAGCUGGAUCGGCACCCCCUAUACGGAUCCAACAGAGGGCCCAGGACAUAUCCCAUCGUCGGGUGUCAAUUCGAACUCAUGGCCAAUAGGGGUAGAUUUCUGAACUGGAUCACGGAGUAUAUCUCAAAGGAUCCGGGUCACACAAUUCGAGUAGAACGAGCCUUCGCUGGAGGGCGAUGUCAGAUUUACACAGGCAAUCCUGCCAAUCUGGAGCACAUUCUGAAGACAAACUUCGACAAUUAUCCCAAAGGUGAAACGACUCGUGAAAUCCUGUUCCCGUUUCUCGGAGACGGGAUAUUCAAUGCGGAUCAUGAGUCGUGGAAAUCGCAGCGUAAGCUCGCCAGUGUCGAGUUUAGCACGAAAUCCCUGCGUCUGUUUCUAGUGGAGGUGGUGGAGAAGGAGACUCUAGAUCGCCUGCUUCCUUUGCUGAGCUCAGCGAGGAGUGAGGGAAAAGCCAUAGAUAUCCAGGACCUGAUGAUGCGCUUUGCCUUCGAUAACAUCUGCAACUUGAUAGUCGGUCAUGAUCCUCAGGUUCUCGAUCCUUCCUUGCCUGACAUGACACUUGCCAAUGCAAUCGACGAGGCUGCCAAAAUCCUCUCCCACCGUAUGGGCCUCACUUCUCCCAUCCGGAAAUUCUUUAAGCUUUGGUCUUCACGUGGAAAGAGGCUCGACAAAGCUCUGAACUUAAUCGAUGACCUAUGCUACAGCAUCAUCCAAACUCGCAAAGCUGAACUCCUGCACGGAACCCGACCGGCCUCCGAGGGCAAAACCGACCUCUUAUCCAGAUUCCUCCAGCUAGCUCUCGAUGGUAAAACCCCAGCACAAGUUCAGAAGUCGACCUCGGGCUCCAAGAGUACCUCACGGAAUACCUCCGAUGUCUACAUCAGGGACAUGGUUGUCAGCCUGGUCAUCGCCGGCAAAGACUCGUCCUCCUCGACACUCUCGUGGUUCUUCUGGUUCAUGUCCAAGCAUCCUCAAGUGGCACGGAAAAUCAGAGCCGAAGUUCUCGGAGUCAUUCGAGACCGGAUUGACCCACAGGCAGGCAUACCUUCGGAUUUGACGUUCAAUUUCGAAGAGCUGAAGGACAUGGAUUAUCUGCACGCAGCUCUGCAGGAGACUCUCAGACUUUACCCACCAGUUCCAAUGGAUGGUAAGAUGGCGUCUGCUAAUGACGUCCUACCGGAUGGAACGAUUGUUCAUAAGAACGACCGUGUUACUUACAGUCCGUGGGCAAUGGGUAGGCUCGAAAGCCUGUGGGGUCAGGACUGUCUCGAAUACAAACCUGAACGAUGGUUUCAUAAUGGGACGCUUGUGCAGGAGAGUGCGUUCAAGUUUCCAGUGUUUCAAGCCGGUCCUCGAGUCUGCUUGGGCAAGGAAAUGUCUCUGACCCAGAUGAAAUAUAUCGUGGCGUCGCUCAUGGCUCGCUCCAUCACAUUCAAGGUGGUCCCUGAGAAUUUCGAGCCUAUUAUUGACCGCUCGUUCGUCAUUAAAAUUAAAGAUAAGCUUUUGGUCACAGUCGAGGAGAUUGUCUAGGAUCUUUCGAUGCAGGGAAAUCACGAUCUUUCUGUAAGGUUGUACAUUAUCUUAAUCGUCACUCAGUUCAAUUCAAGGUGUAGAUUGAGCGCAUGCGAGUGUGCUGAAGAUCAUUAUAUGCCUCAUGUCUGUAGAUAUGAAUUUUGGUCUAUCCAAUUGCUUCUUCAGUCAAUAAAAGAUUAUUCACUCUGUCAUUUACUCUGCUGUAGCACUGCAAGGCAGAACCAACAUUUCAAAAC